AUGGCCAUGGCGGCGGACUGGUCGUCCCUCCCAUCCAACUUCGUCCGCGCCGUCGCCGACGUCUUCCUCGCCACCACCGACCUCGACUACUACAUGACACUCCGGAGCGUGUGCCACGGCUGGCGAGCCGCGACCGCCGACCCGCACGGCACCGACCCCCGCUUUCACCCCCGCCGGUGGAUCAUGCUCGAGGAGACCCGGCCAGACGUCGACCAAGACUCCCGCCUCUUCCUCAACCUCGACACCGGGCGUUUCCUGCGGAAACGCCUCUCCGUGCUACGCAGCUACACAUACCUCGCCACGGCCAGUGGCCUGCUCGUCCUGGAGGAGCCUGAUAUGUGCAGGCUCUGCGUCCUCAACCCCUUCACGGGCACCCUCUUCCGUUUCCGAGUGCCACCGGUGCAUCCCUUCGACAGAAGCGUGGUCGUCGCCGGCUCGUCGCCCAUGGUGCUCUUCAGCUUCUACAACUUCCACCACCUAGCAUGGGCCGACCAGAACUGUGUUUUCUUUCCGCCGCUGGUCAAGCCCACGCCGGCACUUCGCGGGUUCACCGCCGUGGUGGCCUUCCAGGGCCGCGUAUACGCUGCCCACUCCAGCGGCUCGGUUGCGCUAGUCGAGCUCUCCCGGCGGCACAACAAGCCUCAGAUCACCGUCAUCGUCCCCAGCAGUAACUGGCAAGCCACGCCCACUUUACUCGUGGACAACGCCGGCGAGCUGCUGCUGCUGCGCAUUCCGGUUUACUCCCGCAUGGAGGUCUUCAGGGUGGACCUCGUGAGGAAAACGCUGGUGCCCGUCAACAGCAUCGGAAACCGUGCCCUCUUCCUCGGCCUCCGGUGCUCCCUCUCUGUUGACGCCGACCGCCUCCCUGCCGUCGACGCCAAUUUCAUCUACUACGGCGAGGGUCUGAUGUGUGAAGCGGGGGUUUGCGCGCAUCGCCCCGGGGACGACCGAAGUUUUAUUGAGAGAUGGGAAGAUGAGAGGAUUAUCCCGCACACGGGAGACAUGUGGAAACCUAUCGACCCAAGAGCAUCGCGCCCCAAGAGCCUCGCACAUGUCCUUGUGUCCUACUGCAUGGGCAAGCGUUAG